UCGUUUUUAAAAUAUUUAUCAAAUAUACUCAAAUCAAGGCAAGACGUGAAUCAAAUGUUAAUUUAAAUACAUCGACGAUAAAUCAAAGACAAUAUGACAGCGACAGCCUCGUCAAGUCAAGAGCAAGCUGUCGUGCUCGACAUCGGAGCAAUGAUCGACCUGGCCAUCGGCACACCAGAGGUUGGUGUCGUAGACUUCGGUAUGCUACAAAUAGUGCUACACUGCUUGGCACAACAGAUACGUAUGCAAGACAAGCACGUCGAACUGCGAGGGGAUUCAGAUAUGCUGCCCGUUGGGAGGGACUAUGUACGCACGGUGUCCAUCACAGAAUAUGCCGUGGACACUGAAGGGAACAAGACACAAGAGAUUGAUCCGCGUGCAGCUCCAUCACCUGAUAUACCAAAAACUGAAAGUAUCUUCUUAGUGGAACGCUUGAAAAAAUCCGAAGUCGCGGAUCGAUCGAAGAAAGUUGAACAAGCACAGGUGGUGGGACCGUCAUUAUCUCGCAAAUUAAAACCCGAGGAGCCACCAGAGCCACCUGUCGAAGAACAAGCGCCGCCAGAGCCAGCCCCGCCGCAGGAACCGCCAGCUCCAGUACGCAGCCAGCCUGCCUCCAUAGAGCGCCUAUCACUUGUCACUCUCAGCAAGUUCAAUGUACUCGAAAAUACCGUAGAAGAUCUCAAAAAUCGAGUCUACGGCAGCAUGCCGAAAAACGAAGAAAUCUUGGAAGAAGUUCGAUCUCAAACAAACCUUAAAGCCAUAACGGACAUGUGGACAUCACUUAAUGUGUCUUCGCGGCUCGAAGCCGCCGAGGCCGGCAUCGCCAAGCUCAGCUCUCUCGUGGAAGAUCUCAUCGCUGACUCUAACGCCCUACAGGAAGCUUUGAAAGAACGAAAACUCAGUGCAGAAAGCCCACCACCCCAGCCAAGUCCCCCGGUUGCAGAGCCCCCGCCACCGCCGCCGCCCCCCGCGCCUAUUCCCACGCCCGAUCCAGCUCCCACUCCUGAACCAGUCUCAGUACCUGAAACUGCAACUAGUGCUCCCGGCUCCGCUGGCGUUUCCACAGCUGGCUCGGCAACCGUAACACCACCUGCUUUCCCUAGGGUGGGCUCUAUUUCGCCGCAAAUCAACGAAUUACGUGCAAUGAUACAGCAAGUAAAAACUGAUCUUGAUAAUAUGGCUAAAGAGUUUGUUGAAGCAAUGGCAGAUUUGCGUCCGGAGCAUCCUGUCACAAUGCCGCCGUCGUUGCCUGUACUGCCGCCAGCGCCUAUAGAAGUGGCACCACCACCAGUCAUUAAAGAAGAGAUGGGAAUUCCGCUUGCUGAACUCUUGGGCAAGAUAUGUUUAGUGGAGGCUAAAUUGAAGGAAUGCUGUGAAUCAGUCAAGAAACAAGAAGGGAUUAUUAGUGAUCACAUAAAUUCAUUCCAAGAUCAAAUAGAGCAUCUAUCGAGACAAGUAGCAGGGAUGCAGGAAUCAACAGGAAGUAAGGUGCCAUUGGAAAAUGCGCCUGACCUGCAAGGGUUAAUGAAGUUGUACCAGACCGUACAAGACAUGAAGGAAGAACUGAAGCUUGUGCACGAAACGGCUCUGCAUUUGGCCUCCGAAAAAGAAGACCGGCAGGACCGUAUAAACGCAAUAAUCGAACAAAUAGAAGUACUUAAGACGAUAAAGUUAGACCGUGACGACAUGACGGAAGCGAUGGCGGAGAAGGCGGACCUGCGGCUGCUUGCGCGCAAGGUGUCGCACGACCAAUUCGAGCUGGCUUGUGAUGACCUGUCCAGAGGUCUGGACCACGCUCUCGGGAAACUUAAUAUGCAGGAAGCGCUGUGGCAACAAGCGCUCGACGAUAUCCAACGCGAAAUAGAAAUGAAACUGGAUAAAAUGGAACUGUCACCUGUGAAAGAGUUCUUCAACACAAAGCUGAAGCAGCUACAAGACAAUCUGAAGCAGAUCGCGUCGUUGCGCCGGUCCGUAGAAGCGGCUGGUGCUAAGAAAAAACUCAUGAGAGAUUUGAACUGCAUAUCGUGUGAUGCUAAGGUAGUCAUGCCAAUGGAGGGUGAAUCAAAUAUACCAAUGUCUAGACCUUUACCGGCUAACCUCUCCAUGAAGCCUUACCUUAGUUAUGAAUUAGAUGCUAUACGAAAGGCUCAGGCUAGCAAUCUUCAGCAGCGCAACCUCCACGACUGGGAACAGAUUGAUAAACAAGCGCAUACACCAAAGGCGCCGCAAAAAGUGCGGUCCGAUGUGGACAAGCACACUUGCAACCGCUACUGCGGCGGCUCGCACACGACGACAACACCGGCGCAGCGCGUGGCGAGAGUCGGCCACUUCGUGAAGCAGUGGGGACCUGAUGUUUUGCCCCUGUCCUCCACUGUGGGCCAGGGAGAGGACGGCAGGAUGUACAAAAUGAGCACACCUGAAGGACAAUCCAACGUAGAUGGUACUGCGGAUCCGACUUGUACACCAAAGAUGUUAGCGAAGAAAGGCGAACCAAAGAUGCCUGAAAAACGACCCAUCGUUGUAAGUGCGGAGUGUCGAUGCCUAGAAGAAGGAGGAGGUACAAGUAAAUAG